GUAGAGUCAGUACGUCGUACGGUGUCACAGUUGUCACGCGAAAGCCGCCCACCCCCGACAAAACUACGUGGCAUUCACCAAAAAUUCACCCCCAAAAUUCACGAUCAAUAUAAUCCCUAAAAAUGAAUCGCAACUGUGCGUCUCUCCCCCACAGCCCCGCAAAUGAUGAAUAAAAAUCGGCGUAAAAUAGUGAAUAGUGUCAGUAAAUUGUGAAGUAAAAAAUCAUGAAUGCCCCUAGAUCGGGCAAUUUAUUCACUGACUGAAGCAAAACCAACGAAUUAAAGGAAAAUUGAGAAGCGCAAAAAUAUGGACGAGACCGAUCAGGAUUCUGUGUGCUACGGGCCGGGUAGCAUUGCAGGGGCUGUGAUCGGUACAUUUUUUACGACUGCACUCCUUUUAGCGAUCGCUGCCUUCCUCUACAGGCAGUGGCGUCGACACAAGGGAAAGCACCUUGUGCUGGUGACAGAUCCGGAGAUUGUCGAGGAUGCCUAUGCAUUCGAUAAUCCCUGCUUCAAGGACGCGACAGGACAAAUCGGAAGUAUGGAGAGACCGCUGUCCGUCGCAGCUAUUGAGACACAAAUCAAAGACUCACCAAAGUGGUCAACCCCGUGGUCAGGAUUGGGCCUAGGCGCGGGGAAUAAGCACGACAAGAGGCGGACACUCGACGAUUCCUGCCUAGGGCCGAAAGCUACACGAGUGAGUGUAGUGAGCCUCCGCAGCCGAGACUUCACCGGCCUCGGUUUCAACGUCGCCGGCAACAUGAGAGAGGGAAUAUUCGUGAAGGAUCUUCUUCAUCGUGGUCCAGCGUCCGAAUCCGGUCGCAUUCAUCCAGGCGAUCGAAUAACAAGCGUGAAAAUAAGCUUUCGAAGUAUGGUGUACGAGGACGCCCUAACGAUCCUGAGUUACGCAUCACCCUACGAUGUUGAACUCGAGGUGGAGAGCGGUGGCAGUGGCUCCCGGCCGACGACGCUCUUAAAAAAGACGGUUGGCCCGAGCCCCACGCGGAUUUGUCACCCCAUCUACCGAAGCCAAUCAAUUCCGGAACUCUCUCGCGUCCACAAGUCCUCAGCAAAACGACUUUUCAUUGCCGAUCCCACCGACUCUCUCAACUGCUCCAACUACUCGCCCCUAAAUUCCACCCUCAAAUCCUCAAAAUCAACGCCGGGAAGUCACACGUUUGAACGACAGCACGAGGAAGCGAAGACCAACAAUCACCACCAGAAAUUCGGCAUCAAAGUGCUGCCCACAUUGGAGGGCACAGUCCACAGGAUUGAGAAUCAAAACGAGCACAAUACGAAUCUCGAGCGAAAGCACUCGCGGAAGAGGCUCGACGUGGAGAGACGAGAGAUCGUCUCGUCGACGCCGAUUCUCGCGGAGAAGACGAGCGAACGCCUCCGCCAGAGGGAGAACCGCCUGGAGAAUGGGGCAGACUCGACGGACUGCAAAGCAUCGAAUCCCCAUCCGCGGGAUGACGAGAGCAUGAUUCCCUCGGAGGUGCCGGCGGAGGUGCACAACGCGGCAAUGGCAGCGAGAAGAAAUCGAAAGAGCAGUGCCGAACUGCUGAGCCCAUUCAAGCCCGACGAUUUCGGAUCCACCCCAGAGCCGGAAGACCGCAAGAGCCCGCAGAAGAACAAGCGAAAGGCGCCAGCACCGCCUGCGUCGCCGAUCAAAGACGACCAAAUCCCCUCCGCCGAUCAUCGCCAGCUGCAAGACAGGAUCGACACGAUAGCGGAUUACACAGAAUCACUGAGCGAUUACGUUGAGAAGGUGAUGGAGAGUGAGACUGACGGCGAGCAGACUCAACUACCCCGAGCGGACGAUCACUCAGAGCGCAGGAACUCCGCGGAAUCGGACACUGACUCCGAAAUGCAGCACAGCUUCACGACGAUCGAGCUCAACCCAUCGGACAUUACAAUCCACCACACGCCAGUGCCCAGGGCGCCUGAAGACGAGACUGAGGACGACGUCUACAGGAAGGCAGCGAGCCUCGGCGAUCUGUCCAAGUACGAGGCGAAGAGUUCGUCUACUCUGGAGAGGGCCCAGAGCCUCGACAUGGCGGACGCCGGCUUGAAGAAGCGAAAGGCGCCGCUUCCCCCCGAAGACAUCGCCGAGUUCAACGAGGACUUGACCAAACUCGACGACAUCGAGGCCUUCGACAGGGUAAAACUGAAGAAGUCGAGUGAAUGGGGCACCCUGGAGGACGCUAUUUGGAAGAAAGCGGACGGUGAUGGCGAGGAGAAGCCGAAGGCCCGGAAAAAAAGCAGCGGAACUCUGGAGAGAUCCAAGUCCGCUGUUGAGAUCAAACUUAAAGAGGAUAAUUCACACUCUCAGUAUACCCCAUCUCCGGGGGAGUCCGACGAUUGCAGCGCAGAGCUGUACAAUCUUCCUCUGAGCAAGCGCCUCACGAGGGACUUCAUCCACGCCGAGAGGAUGUUCAAUCCCGACGAGGACAACGCCCUCGUGAGAAUUGUCAACAACGGACGGGUUUUGAAGAGCCCAACCCCAGAGCAAGUUGAACUGGACUUUAGGCAGGCGAAGCCGAUGGACAGCCCCGAGGGAAGUGAUCCUCCAGCUGCUGUGGAGUCCUUCGAUCAAGCGCUGAGAUUCUUCGAUCUUCACACAUGGCUGUCCAGUAAACAGCCGGUUAAGGCAGACCCUGACACGAUUAAUGGGGACAAUAGAGACAUGUAUGUGGGCAUGAAGCAGGUCAGGGAGGAGCCUGUGAGGAGAAUUACAGUGAACCGGAGGUGUCCCGUUUGCGAAAGGAAUGGUCAGCAUGACAAGCACUGUCAGCUUCAUGUUAAAAGUAAUGGCAAUCACGAUGAUUCGUCCAAGUCGGUGGCGAAUCCCGUGGACGGGGAGGUCACGCCUUCCACGUUGACUGAUAUUGAGAGGCAGAUAGAGAGCAUUAGUGGUCAUGCAGUGGUGAAUGAUGACGAGGAUGUUGAUGACGGCUGCGAUCUCGAAUUGGGGGUCACUGUCAACAGCAAGAGACUCACUCCCGAGGACCAGCACAACGUCAGUAAUAUCAGUGUCUCGAGCGAGGACAGCGGUCUCGUUGGAGAGUCUGGAGAGUUUAAUGCCGACUCGAGGCCGCCAUUGCCCAAUACCCCGGCCCCGCCGCAAAAGUCCUCCAAAAAACUGACUUAUAUCACUGAGAUCAAGGUUUCACCCAGGGACGGCAGGGAAAAUCUUCCUGAGGUCAACGAAAUUCAUCCGAAACCACCCAGGGGACAGGUGACGAUCACUUCCAAUGGGAAACCAACACCUGGGAAGAAACCGCCAGUUCCACCCAGGCGGAGUGACUCCGCCAAAAGCAGUGGGAAAGACGCAGCCGUUGACAAACAAGUUGUUUAUGUCUCCGAGUUCAAGUCUCCCGAGAUCAGUCAGACUGAGGUGACCGAUGGCAAUGAUAAAUCGACGGGGAAUAAGAAAUUCGAGCGCUGGAUUUUUCUGGGAGAGAAUAGGGAGGAAAGUUCUUGGGGCAAUGGGUCGAAUCAACCCCAGCCUGUUACGAACAUCGUGGUCUCCUCGGGGGAGGAGAAAAUUUUUAAAUGAGAGCGGAAAACAAGUUUUUAUGUGGAUAUGUCUGUGGAGUCAAUAUGGGGGUCAUUUUGGGAAACGGUACUUAUGGGCAGCGCCAUCUAUCGGAAUUCUAGAAAAUUUUAGACCUUUCGAGGUAAUUAAUAAGUUUUUUAUUAUUGCAUUCAAACUGUGACGGUUUAGUCUGCAGCAAUUCAAGGAGUUUAUAGAAAUUUCUAGGAAAUUCAGGGAGUUUCUAGAAAAUUUGAGGGAAUGCGAGGAGUUUGGAGGAAAUUGGAGAAAGAAGGAAAGAUCAUGGACGUAUCCACGUACAAUUACAGUUGUAUCGAAGAUACAAUCGCCUGUAAUUUUUUAUUUUUUUAUUUAUUACUUUUUUUGAGCGGGGAAGGGUUCAAAUAGUCAGAAAUCUGUUAGUCUCUAUUGCGAUUUUUAAUGAGUUUUGAAUGCUGUUGGGGAGGAAAUCGGGAGCGAAGCGGUAAAUCGGUUCAAGUCGAUUUUGACUUUGGGCCAAUUUUUAGGGAAUAUCUCGGAGU